UUCAAGAACUGAAAAUGGCUAACCAUAGAGUGUUCUGUGCAGUGAUCAUCUCUGCUUGGCUUCUUCAUAUGGCGCCGAUCAUCGACGCCUGGGGAAAAGAGGGUCACACCAUCAUCUGCAAAAUCGCUCAGGCCAGAUUAAGUGACACUGCAGCAAGUGCAGUGAAGGAACUUUUACCUAAGUCUGCAGAAGGAGAUCUGUCAAGCUUUUGUCUUUGGGCAGACAAAAUCAAGUUCAGAUACCGCUGGUCUUCACCUCUUCAUUACCUCAAUACUCCUGAUUCCUGUUCUUACAAAUACAGUAGGGACUGUAAGGAUGAAGAUGGAGAGAGAGGAAGAUGCGUUGCAGGGGCUAUCAACAAUUACACAACACAGCUCCUUAGCUACAAUGCUGAAUCUUCAUCUAAAUCAGAAUACAACUUAACAGAGUCACUGCUCUUCCUGUCCCAUUUCAUGGGAGACAUCCAUCAGCCUCUGCAUACGGCAUUUGCUUCAGACAAAGGAGGAAACACCAUUGAUGUUCACUGGUAUCGGAGAAAAGAAAGCCUUCACCAUGUAAGAAAAAAGUUAAAUACCAAAUGCAUACGCAGAACAUCAAUCAAUACGCGUUAUACACUGAUUGAGUGUGCUGGAAUCAUACAGAUUUGGGAUGUCAACAUUAUCGAGACAGCUGAAGAAAAUUUAUACGAUUCAAACGUAGAAGAAAUGAUCGAUGCAAUUCAAAAGAAUAUCACGACAGAAUGGGCAAAUCAAGUCAAGAGAUGGGAGCGCUGCUCAAAGAAGACAGCAUGUCCAGACAUCUAUGCAUCUGAAGGCAUUAAAGCAGCCUGUGACUGGGCAUACAAAGGUGUGACUGAGGGAGAAACACUAGAAGAUGAAUACUUCUACUCACGCCUUCCAAUUGUCAAUCUGCGCUUAGCUCAGGCAGCGGUGAGACUGGCAGCUACGUUGAACAGGAUUUUCGGUUAACACAAAAUCCGUAAGAACCUAUUUGUUCUUGAUCCUUGUAUGCACAAACGCAGAACCCACAUUUAUGAAAUAAAAAGUUAUUAUCACCAUCAAAUUCAUGCCUGCAUUACAGAGUGAAAAUCAAAACACCAGAGCAAAACAAAAUCCCAACUGAACAAACAAAUUAAUAUCGCGACCACUCC